AUGGACGAAACGCGAGCUGCGGGAGGGCGAGAGCUUGGCACUUGCACUUCCGCUUUCACUGCAAAGAACACGAAGCUUCGCGAAGCUUCGCGCAAGCUUGCUCCGCUGCUCCUCCGAGGCAGAGAGGGGUGCCGACCAUGGAUAUCUUUGUCCAGUGCCUCACCUUCGUUCUUGUCAGCUUGUCAUGCCUCUUCUGUCGGCAUGAGCGAGGAUGCCCUAGAUCAGCACGCCGCACUGGCAGAGCAGAGGGAGGUCUUGACAGAGAUUGGCCGAAAUCGUCUCCGCGUGCGGCAGACGCAGCUGUCCUUCGGAGAGCUCGAGGUAGAAGAGGCGCUGGAAGCUGCACGGUGCCUUAGCACAAUGGACGCGGGUGACGCGAAGAAGGUCAUGCAACUUGCAGGCCGGAUUCGUGCAGCCGUGCGUGACCUGCGGAUGGCCGCAAGGUCAAGGCAGCAAGAGCAGGUUAUUGUGAACAAGCAUUUGACGCAAGCCGACAUUGAGAUCGAGAAGAGCCGUCAGGAAAUGACCUCCAUGAAGGAGGUGAUUGAUGAUAAAUCCUUGGUGGUAGCGAUGGAUGACUCGCAGCCGGCGGCGGCAGUGCCCCUGGAUGCGGAUGGCCUACCACUCCAGCCAAGGUAUCGGUACUGCACGAACUGCAAGGUCGGGGGUCAUGGCCAGAGGUUCUGCGAGUACCUGCUGGAGAGGCCGGACUGGCGAGUGUAUCCAAAUCAGAAAUGGUUCGAGGACGAGAAGGGCAAUGAAUACCAUUGCCCGCUGGGAAAGAAGCUGGUGGAUUUUGCCGACGAGUCUCACUUCAGCCGCAUCGCAAUGUACCUCAAAGGCAGGGCUUGGCUUGAAGAGAAGACCAAGGUGCUGGAGCUUGCGCCGGGGAGGAUGCCGGAGACGUACAUCCUCGAAAACGGUGCAUGGAGAGGCUCUCCUCCUCCGGAUCUGGAGGCCUCCGAGGUCCCCUGGUUUGUGAAGGAAGCCGACAGAAACUGGGGCACGUCCGUGCACGUCGUUGCCAAGCCUUCCGACUGCUUCGGCUUGGUGAAGCAAGAAGGGGUCUAUGUGGUUCAGCCCCACAUCAAGGAUCCGCUCUUGAUGGAUGAUGGCCGGAAGUGCCACAUCAAGUUCUACGUGCUGCUCCUGGGCUUUGAAGAUGGAGUCCGGUGGCAUUUGUACACAUUCAAGGAUGGCUACCUGUCCAUCUCACCGAACAAAUGGUCGCCAACUGACCUGUCAAAAGACACUCAGGUGACCAUCAUCCGCACGGAGCGGAUAGGGGGCUGGAAGGCUUGGCCGGAGGCCUACCCGAAGUGCAAGGCCGUGGUGGCGGAGGUGAUCGAGCGCGCCGUCACCCAGGGCAAGCUUGAAGGCCGGCUCAAUAAAGUGCAGUUUGAGAUUUUCUCGGCGGACUUCAUCGUCGACACCAGGGGAGACGUGUGGCUCUUCGAGUUCAACAUGAGCCCUGUGCUGAAAGAUCCAAAGGACGCUCCGAAGGUGAAUGAUGCAGACAUGGUGCGGGGGGCACUGUCCAUUGUCGCCCCCUGGCCAGGAGGUAGCCCUGGGCUCUGGGACUUCGCAGGGGAGUUCAAAGGCCACAAGCCUCAGCCCAAGGCGCCCCCCGCAGCCAAGGCCGCCGCUGCAUCCUCUUCCUCCGAGCCUGCGCCUGGAGCAGCUCCCUGA